AUGUCUUUUCGGCUCAGUGACGAAGACCAACGGAGACUAUGCGAAGAGCUGCGCAAGCUCACCGGCGCGACUAAUCCUCGAUGGGUCGGCUCCCGCAAACGAGGCCGCAAUCACCAACAUGUCAUCACAGCAUCAUUGACCCUUGCUGGAAAUCCCUUGCGUUACUUUUACGGAGUCUUUCUGAAAGGCCAAUGCGCAGAAAACCAGUGGAGCCGCUUCAAGUUCGAGGGCGACGUACAGGACUUCUUGGCGUGGCAUAUGCCUGAGUCUGACCCCUGGUUCUGCGACAUGAAUGGCAGCAGGUACCUCGAAACAUUGAACCAGCCAAGUGAUGAUCCCGAGAUUGAAUUUCCAACGCGCCGCCUACUACUACGGCGCGAUCAAGAGCGCGAGCCGCCUAAGGCUCUCGUCAGUCCGCAUACAAUUGAUGUUUCCUUGGCAUCAACGCCUUCAAAAGACGGCAAGGCCCACAUCUUGCGACUGCCAAGAGAAGUCCGCGACCUGUGCUAUGAUCAUCUGAGACUUGACACCCUAGUGGUCAUCUCCAGGCGAGACCUGACCGUCAUUGGCGGUGCGAAUGCUGGUUUCGUAUUCUACGACACGCCGUUCGAACACCCGAGAACACAGCAUUUGCUUCGAGCUGACGACAGGCUUGGAUACAUCAACCUCAUUCUCGACUUCAAGGGCCAGAAUCGGGGCGACAACGCAGUGCACCAGCUCGAUUUGGCUUACUGUUGCUUUCAAACUAUCUGGACUAGUGAGCAGGAGGCCUUGGAGCAAGAGUUGCCUCCUGUCAAUGCCAAUGAGAUGGGCUUGUGGGUUAUGCCGCUUCUAGGCGCCGGCAAAGAGGGGUCUGGUUCAUCGAAGUAG